ACAUGUUCAGUUGGUAAAUAUUUGAAUUUAUCUCAUUGUGUACCGCUCGUGCUGUGGUUUUUUUUAUUUCUUGCAAAUUUAAAAUUAAUUUGUAAGCUAAUAAUUUGGGUAUAUUUUGGAAAAAAAGGAGAGAAUAAAGUGUCAGAAGGAAUACAAAAGAAACGACGAAUGAAAAUAGGAACAUUUUUCAUUUUUUUUUUUAUUGAACAAUAAGUGAUUUUGCAUUAAGUUGGCCAAGUGAUUUUUAUAGCAACGUGUGAUAAUAGUGAUAAGUCUAAUAAAUUUUGAUACUAACAAUGGGAUUAAAACGGUGGCAGCUCGUGGUUUUGCUCUUAAUUGGAUCAGUGUUAUUAGUUCGAAGCCACAAGCACGAGGAGGAGAGUGGAUUUGAAGAAGAUGGCGGCGAAGACGAUCACGAAGACCAUUUCGAUGAAGAAGGUCACAAGGGCGAAAAAGGUUAUCACAAAAAGGAACACCAUGACAAAGGAGAGAAAGGUCAUUAUGAUAAAGAUCACGAAGAACAUCACUUCGAUGAGGAACAUGGUCAUAAAAAAGGUGGACACGACGAAGAAGACGAAUAUGGCGAUCAUCAUGAGGAGAAAAAGGGAUCAAAAGGCGGAAAGCAUGGACACAAGAAAUUCCAUAAGAAAGGUUCGAAAACCACGGGAUUCCAUCAUAAAGCGAAUAAAGAUGAUUUCCACAAAGAGCAUAAAUUCUACGAUAGUGAAGAGAAGAAAGGUGACCAUAAAAAAUACGGUAGCGAACAUGAAUUCCAUGAGUCCAAAAAGGGAGAACACAAAAAAGGCGAAAAACAUGAUUCUGGAUAUGAUGAAGGACACAAAGGCAAGAAAGGCCAUCACAAGAAAGGGCACCAUGAUGAAGAGCAUAAAGGACACAAAGGAAAACAUGGACAUGAAAAACAUCAUCACCAUGAAGACGAGUACGAAAAGAAGGGAGGAAAGAAAGGUGGACACAAAAAAGGAUACGAAGAGAAAAAAGGCGGUCAUUAAUAACCAAUAUUCAAUGGAUUUUGGAAUGCCAAUUUAUAUUGACACCAUUAAUCACCAUAUCAUUUCAAUUCUCUUAUUCGAU